UUGACUUUUCCUGCCAAACAGCGUCCUGUGGCUCUUUAUUACUGUACUUUCAGAUUUCCCAAAGCGGGUAGUGCCUAUACUUAUGCAUAUGUGGGCGUUGGCGAGCUAUGGGCUUUUAUCAUCGGCUGGAAUAUCGUGCUGGAGCACAUGUUGGGAGCUGCUGCCGUAGCUCGAUCAUGGUCUGGAUAUUUGGAUUCUCUGCUGAGCAACGUCAUCUCCAACACAACCAUUGAACGAGUUGGUCGAAUCGAGAGCUCAUCGUUUUUCGGUGACUAUCCAGAUAUUGUCGCUUUCCUGCUGAUUGUCGUCGUUGCCAUCUUUGUCGCUCUUGGUUCGAAAGUCUCCACAAACUUCAAUUCAGUCUUCACCAUUGUAAACAUGGGUGUGAUAGUGCUGGUUGUCGGAUACGGCAUUACAUUUGCGGACUUCUCUCUAUGGAGCGGCACCAAUGAAGAGGGCGUUUCAAACUAUCUUCCCGCUUACGAGCGGUCCGUCAAUGGUAUGUUGGCAGGUGCGGCGUCUUGUUUCUUCGCCUAUAUCGGUUUCGAUGGCCUUGCCACCGCAGGAGAAGAAGCAAAAAGUAAGCAUAGUCAUGAAAAACACAGUAUUUCCCAAUCAUGA